AUUAUUCUGAAGCACCUACAUUACAGUUUCCUUCAAUAGCGGCAAAAUAUUAUUUUGUUUUUGUGCGUUAGAUGGCGCGAUUAAAUAAGUGUUUCUCAUCUAUGUGAAACCCAGAGAAUCGUGUAACUUUAUUUCCUUUCCUAUCAUUAACUUUAUAGGCUAUAUUUCUUUUACUUUGGAGUGUUCAAUACGCAUGGUUUAUCCAAAUUAGUGUUGUACGUGUCAAUCUAAAUAUGCCUAAAGAAAAGGAGUCGUUAUAUACCCGAAAAUACCGAGUUGCUUGGGAAUCCGAUGCUGAACUUAAAGGAUGGAUUGGUCCUGUAUUAGCAGAUGAGACAAAGUCGCUUUGUAAGAUAUGUAAAUGUAUUUUAGCUGCACAUAAAAAAGACUUACUGCUUCACGGUAAAAGUAAGAAACAUCAAGAGGCGGAGAAAAGAUCUUUGGCUGGCCCGAGUAAAAAAAUUACUGAGUUUAUGAAAAAAGGUUUGACCGCCAGCAGGAAAAUAGCAGAAUUAAAAAUUGCUGCAUUCAUAUGUGAGCACUGCUCACUUGCAACAAUUGAUCAUUGAGACAAAAAUACACUUUGGUAUAGUAAAAGAUAAUGAAAGGUGUUAUAU